GUACAGUGGAGCAAGCCUGGCACUGCUAGUGCCUGGGCUCCAUGUUCUCGUGGGUCCUCAGGAUAAACCACUUAACCUCUGAACCCGCUUUGCUUAUUUUUGAAGUGGAUGGGAUACCCCCUGCCCUGCCUCCUCCUCCCUCUCAGUUGCUGGGAGGAUUAAGUGGGCUGACAGAUGUGAAGAAGGCAGCAUCUCAGAAAGGUCAUGUUAGUUGCCUGCUGGUCUGUUUCUGCAACAGGAGGGCGCUGGCUUCCCGCUGCAGCCCCUGAGCCAGGCCCCCAGGACUGAGAUGUGUGCGCACAUCCCGGAGACACUGCGCACUUGGUGAUGUUAAAGCGAAAUCUCUGGCAAAUUUAGAGCAUGUGUUGGCUUGCUCAGAGAAAAAAAGGAGUGGUUCCUGCGUGUCCUUAGGGAAAAGUGUGCACAUACGCAGAGAGGGAGAUCUUAGAUAAGGUGGUUCAACCAAGGGCAGGCCACAUGAGUGUUGCAGAACCACAGAGCUGUGGUGGCUGAGGUUCACAGGCAGGUUAAACAUGGGUCAUGGCGACCCAGGGCUAGCUCCCACAGUUCCAGGUGCGGGGCUGAGCAAGUUCAGGUCUGCUUCUCCAGUGGGGAUUAUUUUUCUUUCUCAGUGAGCACGGCUGGUCCCCAGUCAGAGUGGCUUGACCGGGAAACAGGAGAAAAGGACAGUCAUCGGAGCUGGUGUCAUCAUCUGGGGUUGGCACUGCACCCUGGCCCUUCCACCGGUUCCCUGAGGCCCCUCUUGAAGCAAGACCCUGCGCCUCCUGCAGAGGAUCCCUGAGACAGACAGGUGGCUGGCUUUGUCAGGGACUAAAGGACAUCGAGCAAAAGGCAGGAAUGCUUUGCUAGGGGGCACCGUGGAAUCCCAGAGAGGCAAACGCCUGCGUGAGCUGGAGCACAGAGGGAGGCAGCUGCCCUUGCCCCCACCCCCGCCCUGGCACUUUGGCCGGGAUGAAACAGUCUGCCCCUUCUCAGAGCCAGCAGGGCCUGUUCACAGGACAGCCUGGGGACAUAGAACUGUCUUGGGUCCCCACAUUUGACUCUCAGGCCCCCUUACUAGCACUGCCUGGGUAUAGUUUCCAGGCGUCCAGCAGGUGGCACUGCCAGCAGGGCUAGGGGCAACCAGUGGGUCCUUUGUGUGGCCCAGCUGCCCUGGCUAAGGACCAGCUGGGCCCCAAGCACUCAAGACGGUCUGGACAGGCUCCUUCCUAUUAGCCCCUGCUCUCAGGGUUCUGUGCCCUCUGGCUCCAAUAGGCUGGAGGUUGUGGGGGGCAACUGUCCUUGCCUCCUCCUGCUCCCUGGGGCUGUGCAGGGUGAAGGUGACAGGUGGGGGAGGCAGGUGGAGAAUUGAGCCGGUGAGCUCAUGGCAAAGGCGCCCGGCAGGGCGGGGGUGGGUGCCCUGGUCUAUAAAGCCCCUGUGGCUCUUGGGCCCGCAGAAGCGGUUAUGGACGGCACCAUGGCGGGCUCCGAGGCGGUGCAGAGGGCCACGGCGCUUAUCGAGCAGCGGCUGGCGCAGGAGGAGAAUGAGAAACUCCGGCAAGCCGCCCAGCAGAAGUUGUCCAUGGACAUGCUGGUGCUGGAGGAUGAGAAGCACCAGGGGGCAGCUCCCAGCCUGGCCUUACAAAAGGUUAAGGGCCAAGAGCGUGUGCGCAAGACAUCCCUAGACCUGCGGCGGGAAAUCAUCGACGUGGGCGGGAUCCAGAACCUCAUCGAGCUGCGGAAAAAACGGAAGCAGAAGAAGCGGGCCGCCCUGGCCGCCCAGGAGCCGCCUCCAGAGCCUGAGGAGAUAACUGGCCCUGUGGAGGAGGAGACAUUCCUGAAAGCAGCGGUGGAAGGGAAAAUGAAGGUCAUUGAGAAGUUCCUGGCCGAGGGGGGUUCCCCGGACACCUGCGAUCAGUUUCGAAGGACUGCACUGCACAGAGCUUCCCUGGAGGGCCACAUGGAUCUGGAGAAGAUUCUGGAGAGUGGAGCCACUGUGGACUUUCAGGAUCGGCUGGACUGCACAGCCUUGCACUGGGCCUGCCGUGGGGGCCACUUGGAGGUGGUGAAGCUCCUGCAAAGCCGAGGGGCAGACACCAAUAUGAGGGACAAGCUGCUGAGCACCCCCCUGCAUGUGGCCGUGCGAACGGGGCACGUGGAGAUCGUGGAGUACUUUCUGUCCCUGGGCAUGGACAUCAAUGCCAAAGACAGAGAAGGAGACAGUGCUCUGCAUGAUGCUGUGAGACUCAACCGCUACCAAAUCAUCAAACUGCUGCUCCUGCAUGGGGCUGACAUGAUGGCCAAGAACCUGGCAGGAAAGACUCCGGACCUGGUGCAGCUGUGGCAAGCUGACACCCGGAAUGCUCUGGUGCACCCUGAGCUGGGGUCAGAGCAGAACGGGCAGGAGGGCACUGCUGAGAGUGGGCGGGAGACCCCCCAGCCUGUGCCAGUCCAGUAAACACCUGAAUGGCCCUGGACCUGAGCCAUUCUUCUGGGGAAGACCCAGGAGCACCCACAACCUACUGAAAU